AUGGCUGAGCCUCCAUCUGCGAAAUCUGUUUCUAGCGAGAAACAAAACGAUGUUUUUCCUUAUCCUGAGUUGAAGAAAGUUCCGUUUGGACCUAGUUCCUCAUCUCAUCCGCCAGUUCUUUUACUCCACGGAGCUGCGUUUUCUUCUGCAACUUGGGUUGAAACAAACACUCUUGAAGCUCUGUCAAAAGCAAACAUCAGAGGAGUAGCGAUUGAUUUGCCCGGUUUUGGCGAGUCAAAAGGAAUUUCAAAGCCGUCCGACACUGUCACCUAUUUGAACAAAUUUUAUCCUGGUGAAAAGUUUGUUCUCGUUUCUCCGUCGAUGUCUGGUAGUUAUUCUGUUCCUUUUUUGAAAGAGAAGGGAGCAGAACGUCUUGCGGGUUAUGUUCCAGUCGCUCCUGUUGGUGCUAAUAGAGUAAGCAAAGAGGACUAUGCUAAAAUCACUGUCCCGACGCUGAUCAUCUACGGCGAACUAGACAAAUCCCUGGGCGCGACUUCAGACACCCUUAUUCGAUCUCAUAAAAAUAUGACUGAAAAUGUGCUCGUCGAAGUCGGCCAAUGCGGCAAUCAAAUUGGCCGGCGAUUCUGGGAAAUGGCCUUGGCAGAGCAUUCUGUAGCCAAACAAGAUACUGUUUAUGACAUGGCGCUGAGCUCGUUUUUUCGGAAUACUGAUUCGUCCUCUGGAAGGGAGCUCAAAGUCGGAGCCCAAAACAAAGUGUAUCCAUCAGGAGACGACGAUGUCAUCACAAGCCCUUACAAUUCAAUGCUAGCAAUGCGUCAAUUGACCGAUUAUGCAAAUUCCGUGAUGCCAGUCGACAACUCGUCCCUCGCUGAGAUCACCAAUCGCGUCAAGGCCGCUUCGAACAAUUCUAGACACCGCAUCACGGAAACUGCAAAUGCCGGCAGCGAGAAAAAGACGAGCUGGGGCGAGAUGAACUCGUUAGUCGCCCAGAGUAUUUUGAACAUCACUUCUUCCUGCCGAUUCCCAGGAUCACUCAAUGUCGAUUUGAACGAAAUCACGAUGAACCUCGUUCCCUUCCCACGGAUGCACUAUCUCACUACUUGUCUCUCCCCUCUCUUCCUCUCCAAAGAUCUGAAUCUUCCCAUCAGACGGCUCGAUGAAAUGUUCACAAGCGCUUUUUCGGUCCAGUUGCAGUUUGUCAAUUGGAACCAAGAUGGAUGGAAGGUUGGUCUAUGCAACGUCGCGCCAAGUGGUCAGCCCUUCUCCCUUCUCGGUCUUCACAACUCAACGAGCAUUUUACCAUCCUUCACGGCGCUGAAAUCUCGUUUCUCCAAACUCUACCGCCGAAAAGCUCACCUCCACCACUACAACCACGUGGAUGGCUUCGACUCGAGCCUCUUCCAAGAAGCUCUUCACUCAAUCGAUGAGGUCAUCGCUCAAUAUCAAUCAGUUCAGAAAAACGAAACAAUCGACAUUCCUCGACUUUCCAUUGCCUAA